UUUAACCGUGCUGUCUAUGACCUAGACGUUAAGAAUCCUUGGAGCUGCGCUUUAGAAUGAGCCGUGCGAAAUGGCUGUGAGGCAACUGUACGAAUAGCAAUUGAUGCAGGCGCCUCACUAGACAGCGAGGAAUACUAUGAAAGUCAACCGAUGAUGAAAAUGGCGAUGAGGCUUUCGUGCGUCUGCUCCUUGAGAAGGGCGCGGAUCCCAACAAAGACUCAUAUUGGGAUUGGGGGCUCAGCCCUCUGACUGAGGCAUCGAGGCUUGGACACGAAUCCAUUGUUCGGCUUUUGCUGGAACAUGGAGCUUCCUUAUACCGUCCUGAUAGUGCUCCCAUGACCUUUCCUACAUUGCAGGUCUACAACAUGCCAUUGCCGAGCGCAGCAGGACAAGGGUAUCUUGCGAUUGUUAAACUCCUUACAGGAGCCGAUCAUGAAAAGCGAUUUCGAGAUCUUAUUGGUCCAGUUGCAUUGACCCAAGCUGCUUCUGGUGGACAUUUGACCAUUGUGCAACAUCUAUUCGAGGAGGGAGUUGAUCCGAAUUUGCACGAGUGGCAAGGUGAAGAUGACCCCAUUUCCUGGGCUUCUCGACAGGGUCGGCUGGAGAUGGUUAGGUUUUUACUUGACAAAAAGGCUGAGAUUUUGCCAAAGGAGCAAGACAAUCUCCUAUAUCCAAUGACCUUGGCCGCUAGCAGAGGCCAUUAUGCGGUGGCCAAACUCCUGGUAUCAACAUACGUUGAGACAAUAACUCAAUCUGGAAGUAUCGAAGAACGAGGCACGCUAUUAGCAGUGGCUGUCAUCUGUGGAUGGGAAAUCACUGUGCAAAGACUACUUGAGCAUGGCUGUCCCCCAGAUACAUUGUCUUUAGGAUAUAAUCGAAUGAACUGGAAUGCCAUCUUGACACCACUGGCGAGGGCUGUUGAAAACAACGACUAUGAAAUAAUUGAGAUAUUGCUUCGCCACGGCGCAAACCCGAAUGGACAAGGGUGCUCUGGACUGCGUGAUAGUCCAAUUUUCCUGGCAAUAACAAACGGCUAUCCGGACAUCGUGCAAUGCUUUCUCGACCAUGGGGCGUAUCUGAGCUGCCCGGAGAACCAUACAUGCGAUUAUGAAGCGAAAGUUCUGCUUGGAGCAAUUCCAUUCAAAACCGUCUUCCCGCUCCUGCUUGACCGAGGCGCAAAUCCUGGGGCGAUAACAGAAAAUCAUGAGUACCCCCUUGCACAGGCACUCGAGUCUGGCCAUAUUGCCAGGGUGCAAUUGCUGCUAGACAGGGGGGUCCCGUUACAAACACCUCCCGGGUUGAAGUACGCCCCAAGCGUGCUGGCUUGUGCAGUGCUUGGAGGGCAGGCUAUGGUGGAAUUCGUUCUAGCCCAAGGAUUUGUUCCCCUACCCGAGGAAACAGAACGCGCAAUAUAUGUAGCUGCCCGACAUGGAAACCCGGCUCUAUUGGAAUUGUUUCUGGACCAGGCGACAGACCAAGGCUGGUAUCCAAACGCAAGAGUCCUGUUGGAAGCCGCAUUAAAACACAAACUAGAUGAUGGAAAGGCCAUGAUUGGCUUAAUACUCGACCGCGGUGUUGACAUUGACACACGGGAUCGAGAUAAUACGACUCUCUUAUUCAAGGCCGCCGAGCUCUGCCAUCUUGAAUUCAUUUCCUUCCUACUGGAGCGGGGCGCGAAUCCUAUAUCAAGAAACGGCUCUGGUGGUGUUUGCCCAUUGGUAGCUUCCGCAGCCAACAUGACAACCUGUUCACUCCCGACAACAACAUAUCUGCUGGAAUUUAUUGAAGAGCAGGGUAUUCCGUUGCAGGACUGGGAAGACCAACUGAAGGUGAUAGAGGAGGCGACAUAUGAACCCUGGAAGGAUCAAGUUACACGGCUUCUGCAGCGUUUGUACUGGAGAAAUUUAUAUCCUCCUCCGUCAGCAAACGGGUUAAAAAGAAGACGAAACAGCAGCAGCGCCGGUGGCAGAGAAGUGAGGGGACGGCAAGAUGCGUGAGAUGCUCUUGGGUCACUAAAUCCAGCGACUCGACCUAAUAUAUAUACAGUAUGUAUGUCCCUAUACAUACCUGUUUUUCUAGAAUGACUGGCUUUCCUCUUCUGGACGCCGCCGCUUUAAUAAGGGUACUCAGGGCCUGCUCAGUGAGCAGUCAUGUGGCCUCCGAACUACUCACCCCUCUUUAUAUUGCGCGGGUAGUUCGACGGCCAUGUCUGAUGAAUAGCCCUCAAAAUUGCCCAGGUCGUCCACCCUACCAUACAAGAUGACACAAGUAGAAAGUUGAUGGAGACUAGCUGAAUCCUGAGUGGCGAACUCUAAGUGAA